CCAGGCGGUACAGCCUGGGAGGAGCUUCGGUAUUUUCCCCCUUGUUUCAUGCCAGUCUGAAGUGAAGACCCGUUUGCAAACGGAGAUAUAUGGGGAAAGGUAUUGGCACAGUGUUGAUAUAAUGAGCCCACCAGACAUAUCCAACAGCACAGGAAUAGAGGAGGCUGGUGAAACCGACCCCUGGAUUCUAUUAAAUGACAGUAGUAUGGGUUUACAUCAGCCUGAUUUCCACACAGACAUCACCAAGCACCUCGGAGUCCAGAUCACUUUGAUAGCAGCUUACUCCCUAAUCAUUCUGCUGGGGCUGCUUGGGAAUACUCUCGUCAUCUACAUGAUUAUUCGCUACAGAAACAUGCGAACAGUGACCAAUUUCUUCAUAGCUAACCUGGCUCUGGCAGACCUCCUGGUGAACGCUCUCUGCCUGCCCUUCACUCUGGUCUACACUCUGCUAGAUGAGUGGAAGUUUGGGGCUGUUUUGUGUCACAUGGUGCCCUUUGCGCAGGCCCUGAGCGUGCAUGUAUCCAUUCUUUCCCUGACUGUCAUCGCUCUGGAGCGUUACCGCUGCAUUGUCUUCCACCUUGGUCAACGCAUCACAUGGCAAUCCAGCUUCUUCAUCAUGGCAUUCAUCUGGACUAUGUCUGCUGUCUUGGCAGCCCCCUUGGCCAUCUUCAGAGAGUACCGCCAUGAAGAGAUCCCUUCCAUCAACCUGCGCAUUGCUGUCUGCUCUGAGAAGUGGCCCCAUGGGACCAGCAGAGACGGAGUCAUCUACAGCCUCUCAAUGCUGCUCCUUCAAUACAUUAUUCCUUUAGCUAUCAUUAGCUAUGCCUACAUCUGCAUCUGGGUCAAACUGAAGAAUCAUGUCAGCCCAUCCAGUCGUAAUGACAGCAUCAUUCGCCGAAAAAAGACUACCAAGAUGCUGGCCCUGGUAGUAGUGGUGUUUGCGAUCUGCUGGCUGCCGUUCCACAUGUUUCAGCUGGCCAGUGAUCUGGACCUGGUGCUCAGGUUAAAGGAGUACAAACUGAUAUACACAGUGUUCCAUGUUGUGGCUAUGUGUUCGACGUUUACCAACCCUCUCCUGUAUGGGUGGAUGAAUAAAAACUACAGGAACGGCUUCGUCAUGGUCUUCCGCUGUGAGGAUAAGCCAGAUUCUUUCCACCCUGAGUGCUCAUUCCGGACACGCUCUCUAAGAGGGCUGACUCUGAAUGGUCGUAACGGUGGACAACCCCCCACUGCUGUAUGAGAUUAACAGAAUAUGAAAUAUGAUUGCACAUUACACGCACCUCUUGUUUGUGGUGUUUGUGGCUCAGAAGUAGCCUUUUGACUUGAAUGGUCUGAUAUGUGUCACUGGAGAAGGCUCAAAGCUUUGCAUGCCAGUCACUUUAUUUAUCUUUCCUUUGUGAAUGGUACUAGUGAAAAUACAUUAAAUGUGUUUAAGAUAUUUACUGGGGUUUUAAUUAACUUGUUAUAGUGUAUAAUGUGUUUCUUGUAAAUGCAGCGUUCUUAAGUAAUGUUCACUUAAUUGUGCAAUUAAUCAUGAAUUGCAUAUAUCGCCUGUCUGAGGCUAAUAAUGUGUUUGUACUUACUGAAAGGAAAACAGUGAAUAUUGUGAUGGGAGAACAAGUUAAAUUUUUUUCAUAUUUGUUUUUUCAUUUGCUGGCUGUUGGAACAUUUAAGUGAUUUUUAAGUAAUUCAAAUGCUGUGUUUGGAUGACUUACAAUGGUCAAGCUGAGUAACAUUUGAUUUUUGUCCAAGACAUCCAGAGGAGGUAACCGCUGAUUUUUUUGCCCAACCAGGAAGUUAAUCAUGUUCACCUGGCAACCAGCUGCUCCUGAUUAGCAGGAUGCGGUGUCCAACGGAACAGGACUGAAAACCAUUGAACUGCGAGCAACAAGUUCUGAGCAGAAUGUGGGCUGCUUUUUUUUUUGGAGGGAGGGGGAGAGAGAAGAUGAAUGUGUGAUUCUGUAUUAAUUACACUCAGCUGCUAAAGUGUCCUUUGUUGGUGGCCGUUUAAUAAUGAGCACAGAAAGAUUAAUCAACCACAGGGCCUCUGGGCACAUAUAGUGAGCCCCCACUGUACACACAAAUCCCUGACUUAAUUUGCCACUAAAAAAAAAUUAUGGUUUGUGUCUCCAUGUCCAAUAAAGAUACCUUGGUUUUAGUAAGUGAACUGAAGUAAGGCAGGAGUAAGAUAAAUGUCUGUCAGAUCCUGUCUGACACGUUGUGUGUUGUGGUGCUUGUUUCCUCCUUACAGGACAGAUACACUUUAACUCUGAACCUGACAGCUGGAAACCCAUCUAUAUGUUUCAAUGCUGUCUAUAUAGAGAGAAAUUAGAAUUUUUAUUUCAAAAGUGAGGUUUAUUAUAGUUAGCCAUAAACUUUCAGACAUGUUGAACAAUAAAAGAUUGACAGGGUCCAGACUCCAGCCAAUAAAAGAUUUAAUGAAUAAGUAGCUACACAAAUGUAGCCAACGCAGUGUCAUUCAUACACACACAC